AUGGCCUCUUCCACGAGACAGUUCGCCCGCGCGGCGCUGAGAUCCUCUACUCGCACCUCCUUCGCCGUCGCCCCCCGCCAGGCCUUCCGCCAGCAGGGCCGUCGCUUCUACUCCUCUGAGCCUGCCAAGUCCGGCAGCUCGACCUGGCUCUGGCUCUCCGGGCUGGCCGUUGCUGGCGCCGGUGGUGCCUACCUCUACACUAAGGAGGGUGGUGUUUCCGCCGGCUCGACUCCCAAGGUCGUCAACCCCACAAAGGCCGACUACGAGAAGGUGUACAAGGUCAUUGCCGAUCGCCUUGAGGAGAACGACCAGUAUGACGACGGCAGCUACGGCCCCGUCCUUGUCCGUCUCGCAUGGCACGCCAGCGGUACCUUUGACAAGGAGACCGGCACUGGUGGCAGCAACGGCGCCACCAUGCGUUUCGCUCCCGAGUCUGACCACGGUGCCAACGCCGGUCUGAAGGCUGCCCGCGACUUCCUUGAGCCCGUUAAGCAGCAAUUCCCCUGGAUCACCUACUCUGACCUCUGGAUCCUCGGCGGCGUCGCCGCCAUCCAGGAGAUGCAGGGCCCCAUUAUUCCCUACCGUCCCGGCCGCAAAGACGGCGAGGCUGCCGCCUGCACCCCUGACGGCCGUCUCCCCGACGCCACGAAGCGCGAGAAGCACCUCCGCGAUAUCUUCUACCGCAUGGGAUUCAACGACCAGGAGAUCGUCGCCCUGUCCGGCGCCCACGCUCUUGGCCGUUGCCACACUGACCGCUCCGGUUUCGACGGCCCCUGGACCUUCUCCCCUACCGUCUUGACCAACGACUACUACAAGCUUCUCCUCAACGAGAAGUGGCAGUGGAAGAAGUGGGAUGGUCCCGCUCAGUACGAGGACAAGAGCACCAAGUCCCUGAUGAUGCUCCCCGCCGACUACGCCCUGAUCCAGGACAAGACCUUCAAGAAGUAUGUCGAGCAGUACGCCAAGGACAACGAGGCCUUCUUCAAGGACUUCUCCAACGUCAUCGUCAAGCUGUUCGAGCUCGGCGUGCCCUUCUCCCAGGGCGCCGAGGAGCGCUGGACCUUCAAGCCCACUUGGCAGGACUAA